AAUCCCACUGCAUUCUUGAAUUUCCUUCGAAUAGCAGAACAACCAACUUAAACCAAAAUGCGCGUCUCCUUCGCUCUCGCUCUUCUUGCCGCUCCCGCGCUGGUAUCUGCGACUCUCGCUCCCUGCCACACCAAUAGCAAGGGAAAAUGCCCGAGCAUCUACAACUGCCGAGAAACGAAGGUGUCCAAGGCCAUCCAGGCGGCUGAGUGCUCGCACAACACUCGCACGCACAACAAGCAGACUUUUGCCGUGUUCGUACAGGAUCACCAGUACGACGGUAACCACGGUUACCCGUAUGGAACGUGCACUGCGUACACGUGCGAUGGCCCCACAAAGAAACAAAUGAAGGAGAACCCCGACUGCUGGACGUUCUUCUGGAAUGGCAACGGUACGGCCAGCGGUGUCGGCACUGGAUGCAUCAGGGACCCCAACACGGGCGAGUGUGGUUGCGAGAACUCCAAGGACGGCAAGUUCAUUGCCGGCAAGACCGACUGCAAAUAAGUCGAAGCGUCCCUAAUUAACGUCGUCAAAGAUCGGAGUACAGUCUCCACGUACUCGUCGCUGCUUUGAUAAAGAAUCAAAGUACAUGUAUGUCAUUCGCCACACCUUCGUGAGGGCUGAAAUAGAGACUCUAUUGCAAUGGGCUA